GUCUAUUUUAAACCUCUCAAUCUCUCCAAAACCCUUAGCUUUCUCUCUUUCUCUCUUUCAUUAUCAAUGGCGGCUAGGAUUGCAUUGUUGAAGUACCUUAGAGUACAACCUCGACCUGCACAACUUCAAAACCCUAGACUCAUCGGAACCUCAUUCAAUCAACUCUUCAAACGUCAUUUCUCGGAGGAAGUAAGAGGAUCCUUCCUCGAUAAAGAUGAAGUCAGAGAUCGCGUCAUCACUUGCGUCAAAAAUUUCCAAAAAGUUGAUCCUUCAAAGGUUGUCCCAAAUGCUCAUUUCCAAAAUGAUCUUGGCUUAGAUAGUUUAGACACCGUGGAAGUUGUGAUGGCCCUUGAAGAGGAAUUUGGGUUUGAGAUUCCGGACAAUGAAGCCGACAAGAUCAACUCAAUAAACUUAGCAGUUGAUUUCAUUGCAUCUCACCCUCAAGCAAAAUGAGGGAACAAACUGUAGCAUGAUGAUUUCCCAUUUCCUUUUAUAUAACUUUCUUUUCCCAAUUCAAGUACUUCAUUCGGUCACUUUUGUCUUUAAGGUUUUUGAUCAGUCCUGAAGACGAGAACUACCGUUAUCGGCUAGUUGGUGUUGUAGUGUUAACUUUUGUCUUUAAGGUUUCUGAUCAAGUCCUGAAAGACGAGAACUACCGUUAUCGGCUAGUCGGUGUUAUUGUGUCUCAGAUAAAAGCUUAAUCUGUAUUAGAAAGUUUAUUGCUUAUGAAAAUAAACCUAACUGCAUGGUAGCGUGGGUCAAGGUGAAGUUUUCUAAUAGCUUCAUUUCUCAUUGUUAGCCAAGCCAAACAUGUCUGUUACCUGUUUCCCAGAAAUAUUAUCAAUUGGUCUGUGUUUUGUCA